UUGUUUUUUUUUUUAGUCGUUACUCGUCUUAUUGUUUUAACUUUCAGCAUUUACACUGUUUACCGUUUAGUAUUUACAGUAAUACAGUGAUAAUACAGUGUUUAUAACUAUAAUCCAUUUCAUCUUAGUCCGUGGUUGCCGGUUGGAAUUAGUUUAUAUUUAGUAAUACUAAUUACAAAUUAGUAUAUUUUAAUAUUGUUGAAAACGAGUCGUAGUGUCUAUAGCCUCAUAUAUAAUGACUUAUAAAUGUAUUCAAUUUUAGUCCUUAAAAUAAAUUAUGUUUACUUCGGUGACUGGACUGGCUCUUUGGUUCAAAGAGAUGAUUUAACAUUCUCAACUGAUUAACAAUCAAUCGGAUCAUGGCCAAACAUCCAUGUCCAUAUGAAAAUUGCACUUCUACGUUUAGUCGUCCAUACCGUUUACGAAUUCAUAUUCAACGACACCAGGGCAUCAAAGAAUUCCAAUGCACUCAAUGUGAUCGCGGUUACCAUAGACGGCAGCACUUGCAGAGACACGUGAUCGAGGCUCAUCAAAAUCAUCCAAGAAUAGAACAACCGCUGUUUUGUGAUCAUUGUGAUCGACGGUUCAACACAGCAUGGGGCCUCCGCAGACAUCAGGUCAAAAUAAAAGAGCCAAAAGUACGCGAUAGGCAGCAUCGCUGUGAGACUUGUGGUCGACGGUUUUACAACAUUGAUGAUCUCAAACUCCAUUCUCUUAAACAUGAACGUUUCAAAUGUAACAUACCAUCAUGCGUACUCUCUGAACACAAAUUUAGUUGGUCGUUUUACCAACAACACAUGGCCACUUACCACUCCGAACCUUUUGUGUGUCAUCAUUGUAACGAACAGUUUUUAAUAAAGUCUCAAAUAAAGCAACAUGUUAAAAUACACAUGCCCAGUUUUACUUGUACUCAGUUGGGAUGUGGUAAAACAUUUGCUGAGUUUAGAUACAUGGACAAUCAUGUUCGAUUGAUUCACAGAGAGAGAACGUAUAAAUGCAGUGUAAUUGGAUGUGAUUGGGAAUUUAAGUCCAAAAGUUGUUUAAAAAAACAUAUUAUUAAAGUCCAUCAACAAAAUGGAAGAAUCAUUUCAAUGGCUAAUAGACAUAGAAAAAAAGAACCAACAUUUUUAAUGGCUAAUAAGUUGGCUGGGUUAGCUUUAAAAAUCAAUUAAAAUAUGUUAAAUUUGAUUUAUUUACAUGUAU